AACACCAAGUAUAUCGAUGUUAUCGUGACUGGGACCAUGUCACAGUACAUACCAACUCUGGAUUACUAUAGCAAUGGCCUACCUCUUGUGUGCACCAUGUAUGCUUCUUCAGAGUGCUUUUUUGGUGUCAAUCUCAACCCUCUUUGCAAGCCAAGCGAAGUUUCCUAUACCCUCAUUCCCACCCUGGGAUAUUUCGAAUUCUUGCCGGUUGAUAGAAACAAUGGCGUUACAAAUUGUAUUUCCAUGCCGAAAUCCCUCAAUGGGAAGGAGAAACAGGAAUUGGUUGAUCUCGCUGAUGUUAAGCUUGGACAGGAGUACGAGCUUGUUGUCACCACUUAUGCAGGCCUUUAUCGCUAUAGAGUGGGAGAUGUACUAAGGGUUGCUGGAUUCAAGAACAAGGCCCCUCAAUUCAACUUCAUAUGCCGCAAGAAUGUGGUCUUAAGCAUUGAUGCUGAUAAGACUGAUGAGGUUGAGCUACAAAAUGCAGUGAAAAAUGCUGAGAGCCAUUUGGUCCCGUUUGAUGCCCAGGUGACAGAUUACACUAGCUAUGCUGAUACCACUACAAUUCCUGGACAUUAUGUUCUUUUCUGGGAGCUUAGCCUGAAUGGCUCGACCCCAAUUCCUCCUUCAGUUUUUGAGGACUGUUGCCUGGCCGUUGAGGAGUCGCUCAACAGUGUCUACCGCCAGGGUCGUGUUUCUGACAAGUCAAUCGGCCCUCUUGAGAUCAAGAUUGUGGAGGCUGGCACAUUUGAUAAGCUUAUGGACUAUGCCCUCAUCUUAGGAGCUUCAAUUAAUCAGUAUAAAACUCCCCGUUGCGUCAAGUUUGCGCCAAUUGUUGAACUUCUGAACUCGAGGGUUAAGGCCAGCUACUCCAGUCCAAAAUGCCCCAAGUGGAUUGCUGGUCAUAAGCAGUGGAAUAUCAACGUGAAAUAAGGAAAGCUUGGAAGUGCUCAUCUUGGUAGCUGUCUUUGGAUAUCCCCUCCCCAAAUUGAAAAUUAAGGGAAAAAAAAAAAAAAAA